ACCCUCAUUGAGAUGUAGGGUUUUAUACAUAUAUAAAUGAGGAGAGGACAAUAGAGAGCUCCGAAGCCGUGGCCGUGGGUGUCUUCGCCGCUCAGCAAAGAUGGGAAUUUCUCGUGAUUCCAUGCACAAGAGGCGCGCCACUGGUGGCAAGAAGAAGGCUUGGAGGAAGAAGCGCAAGUAUGAACUUGGUCGCCAGCCAGCAAACACUAAGCUCUCAAGCAACAAAACAGUAAGGAGAGUACGUGUUAGAGGAGGCAAUGUGAAAUGGAGGGCCCUUAGAUUGGACACUGGGAAUUACUCGUGGGGUAGCGAGGCUGUCACUCGUAAAACUCGUAUUCUUGAUGUCGUUUACAAUGCUUCAAACAAUGAACUUGUCAGGACGCAAACUCUAGUGAAGAGUGCAAUUGUUCAGGUGGAUGCAGCCCCAUUUAAGCAGUGGUACCUCCAGCAUUAUGGUGUAGAUAUUGGUAGGAAGAAGAAGGCAGCAGCUAAGAAGGAAACUACUGAGGAGGGAGAAGCUCCAGUUGAGGAAACUAAGAAGAGCAGCCAUGUCCUGAGGAAGCUUGAGAAGCGUCAAGCGGAUCGUAAACUUGAUCCCCACAUUGAGGAGCAGUUCAGUUCUGGUAGGUUGCUGGCCUGCAUUUCCUCUCGUCCCGGUCAAUGUGGCAGAGCCGACGGAUACAUUUUGGAAGGCAAGGAGCUGGAGUUCUACACGAGGAAGAUUCAGAGGAAGAAAGGCAAGGGUGCUGGUGCCGCGGCUUAAGUGAAGAACCUCAAAACUUUUUCCUUGUUUCGAUAAUGGCCUUUGGGUAUUGCUUAUUUUAGAUUUUUGCAGCUUUUGGUGAUGCAAUUUUGCAAGAUAGACUGCAGAGAAUGAUAUUACUGAUAACUAUCAAAUUGUUGCUUAUAAAAUUUUAAUGUUGACAUUUUGUUA